ACUGCCGUUUAAAUAGUCACUACGUGCCGCUGACAGCCGAUGACUGUCACAUACACAGAGACGCCACUUUGAUCGGGAGAUGUUUCGUCUAUGAUGUCCGUGUCUUGUAUCGUCACUCACCGCUGAAGGAUCGAGUGUCCGUGUGUUGGUAAAGGCUGUCAACUUGUGCUGCUCACCAGACCCGUCAGACCAUGAACUACGUGGGCCAGCUGGCAGGACAGGUGUUUGUCCAGGUCAAGGAGCUGUACCGGGGGCUCAAUCCCGCCACCCUGUCUGGCUGUAUUGACGUCAUUGUAGUGAGGCAACCCGAUGGCUCUCUGCAGUGCUCACCCUUCCACGUCCGCUUUGGCAAGAUGGGUGUCCUCCGCUCCCGUGAGAAAUUGGUGGACAUGGAGAUUAAUGGGGAACCAGUGGACCUACAUAUGAAGCUGGGGGACAAUGGAGAGGCAUUCUUUGUCCAGGAAACAGAGAACGAUCAGGAAGUGGUCCCCUCCCACCUGGCGACCUCUCCCAUCUUGUCAGACGGGGCUAAUUUGAUGAGCUCCUCGCUGAUAGGGAAGAGCUCCGGACCACCCGUGCAGACUCUGGGCUGCACGGGGAGCGCCGGAGAGAAUGGCAGCGGGAUGAUGAAGAAGAGGAGGAAGAGGAGGAGGAAGGCUCGGGCUGACAGCAUGAGGAGGGAGGAGAGCGGGGACUACUCCGAGGACGAAGACAUGUUCACCAUCGACAUCAGCUCAGACGAGGGGACAGAGAUGGAGAGCAACAGGACUUCAUCUCGGGAUGUUUUCAGAGAGGAGGGUCUGACCAGCAGCGCCUACAAACAGAGCGGCAUCUACGCUCGCUCAGACGGAGACUGGAGCCCAAUACAGAGCCCUGGUGGCUCUCGUCCCACCACUCCCAAGAGUGACUCGGAACUGAUGACCAAGCCAUCAGACACAGCCAAUCAGAAUCCAGCCAUGCACUGGGCUUGGGGGGAGCUGCCACAAGCUGCCACGCCUUCCUUCCUCCCGGUGAAACCUGACCCCCCGCCCGUUUGUCCCGUAUCAAUCCCUGUAUCCGAAAGCACACAUUUCCGCGUGAUUCCUCCCGAGACGUCAGCAGAACAGCGUGAACACUUCUCCGAAAUACCCUCACUCAGGCUGCUCAUGCCGGAAGACGCAUCGGCCAAUGAGGCAACAGUGGUCACAGUUGGGGCGGAGCCAGAAGCCAUGAGGAUGGAGUCCCAGCCGGUGACAUCGGAGACACAGGUCGGCGCCGCGCCAAUGGGAGCAGCUGCCUGCGUUAUGUCAGAAAUGGAGGAGAGUCAAGCCAUGCCUCGGCCUCUAGCCAAGACGGACUCCCCGUCCAAGAGGAAAGACAAGAGGAGCCGCCAUCUUGGCUCUGAUGGAAUUUACCUGGAUGACAUCACAGAGCUGGAACCUGAGGUGGCAGCUCUGUAUUUCCCUAAGAGUGACAGUGGCGGGGCGGCGAGGAGCUGCUCAGACCCGGGCCUCCACAGCACCAGUCUGUCUCCACAGUCGGUCAGCUCCGGAGGAGACAGCGGGGUGGACAGCUACUGCGACCCCAUGGCUGACCUGCCCUCUAUCGGCAUUUCUCUGUGUGGAGGACUCACUGACAACAGGGAGAUCACAAAAGAGCAGUUCCAAGAGAAAGCCAUUUCCUACCAGCAGUUUGCCGAAAACCCAUCCAUUAUCGACGACCCCAACCUAGUAGUGAAAAUCGGCUCCAAAUACUAUAAUUGGAGCUCUGCAGCUCCACUGAUGCUGGCUAUGCAAGCCUUCCAGAAACCUCUGCCAAAGGCGACAGUGGAGAACAUCAUGAAGGAGAAGAUGCCCAAGAAAGGAGGGAGGUGGUGGUUCUCCUGGAGAGGCAGAGCCAGCAACACUAAAUCGGACUCAGUCUCCGAGCUUGGGGCCUGUGGCUCUGCUGAGCAGCCUGGCAAAAUGUCUAGCAUGAACAGACACAAAGAGGAGUCAUCCUCCAGUGAUGAAGACCACAGGGCAGCCAAGCAGAGCUCCGCCUCUGUCCAAUCAGAACCUGCGCUCGCAUCGGGAGGCGUGUCUUAUAAGAAGACGCUCCGGCUGACAUCAGAGCAACUGCUGUCUCUCCAGUUAAAGGACGGUCCUAAUGAAGUUGUGUUCAGUGUGACGACUCAGUACCAGGGAACUUGUCGCUGUCAGGGAACCAUCUACCUCUGGAAAUGGGACGACAAGAUAAUUAUCUCUGACAUUGAUGGAACUAUCACCAGGUCAGACACCCUGGGCCACAUCCUGCCCACGCUGGGGAAAGACUGGACCCACCAGGGCAUCGCUCACCUCUACCACAAAGUCAGCCAGAAUGGCUACAAGUUCCUGUACUGUUCAGCUAGAGCGAUUGGCAUGGCUGACAUGACCAGAGGCUACCUCAACUGGGUCAAUGAGAGAGGCACUAUGCUUCCAAUGGGCCCCGUCCUUCUGAGCCCCAGCAGCCUGUUUUCAGCCUUGCACAGGGAGGUGAUUGAGAAGAAGCCAGAGAAGUUCAAGGUGGAGUGUCUCACCGACAUCAAGAACCUCUUCUACCCCAAUACGCAGCCGUUCUACGCCGCCUUUGGCAACAGACCUACGGAUGUCUACUCUUAUAAAGAAGUUGGCGUCCCACUGAACAGGAUCUUCACAGUCAACCCUAAAGGCGAGCUAGUCCAGGAGCACGCCAAGACCAACAUCUCAUCCUACGUGCGUCUUGGCGAGGUGGUGGACCAUGUGUUCCCCCUGAAGAUGCGGGCCAGCUCCUCAGACUUCCCUUGCUCGGACACUUACAGCCACUUCACCUACUGGAGGGAGCAGCUCCCUCUGGUGGACCACCAGGGAACUGCAACACAGUCUCCCAGCCCCAGUGACAACAGCAGCUGACUGCCAGUGGGCGCGCACUGAGUGUGUAAAACUCCUGUCAUUUGACAUUGGGUUACAUAUGUGUGAUAGAAUAUUGUAGAGUUUUAAGGGAGCACUAUCAGAGCACAGCAGAAAGCUCACUCAGUCUGCUGACCUGCUGUGAACGGUCUUAUAACGCACAACGUAGGAUCUUAGCGCACUUUUAUGAAAAGAUGGCCUCUGUGGCUAGGAGAUAUAGUGUAUGUGUAUGAGAGGCAGCUUAUUAUAUGUCAUAUAGUGUUUUCGUAGUGAGGGUUCAUAUAAUUUCAGUAGCUAGCCAACCUGGCCUAUUUAGUGGUGCACCGAUGCAGUGUAUUGUAUUUAACAAACAAUAUACCGCAUAUGGCAUCUGUUCAGAAAUGUGUCUUACUGAUCACAAACUAUGAGACUGAUCAUUUGUGCAUACAUCAGAGAACAAGCUACGUAAAUGUGUGCCAAAUAUUCAGUGUAGAGUUUAUUUUCUUAGGCCAACUUGUAAGGAAACAAAUUACUCCCAGUGAGGAGUAAGAGUCAAGACUGUUUAAUCAACAUGAAAAUGCAAAUCUACAUGCAGGCUGAUUGUGAUUGUGAUUGAUGAUUCCAACAUAAUUGUGUGUAAAAUAUGUUCCUGUGUCUUGUAAAAGAAAAGAAUCAAGUCAGUGUUACAGCUAUGCGUUUUAUUUAAUUUCCAGUACAUUAUCACACAGUGCAUAAGAAUGACUGUUGAACUUGAUAUUUAAAUGUGGCAUGGAGCAUAGUCAGCUUUCCUGAAAGAAGGUACUUUUAAAAGAAUGUUUUAAAAGAAUGACCAUUUGUUACAGAGACAAUGUAACGUCAGCGAAAUUAAAAAAAGCACAACCUUUCUUAAAAGCGUGAGGUCACGCUCUCUGCGUCUGACAAUGACCUGAAUAAACCAUAAAAGAGUUCAUUUUAUUUUUCUACCAGAGCCACACGGUGUGUAUGGGUUAUGUGUGGAUGAUGUGAAUUCUGUCAUUUCCUCGGCGGCCUUUGUUAAACACACCUUUAAUUUAUUUAAAGCAACACAUGAGCACAGUGAACCUCCAGUUGAUGAUGUUGUAAGAUGACACUAAUUUUGUCAAGUGCCACAAAGUAUGUUUUAUUUAUUUGCUUUAGCAGUAUGAUCCACCUGAUUAAGAACUAACUGUGAUAUAAAAUGUGUGUAUAGUCAUCCUGAGCCCAAUGUUGUAUUGUACUUGAGUGGUUCUGUAGCUUUACUGCCUUUCCUUAUCUAGUUUGUCCGUAGGGUGUCAGCAUAGAGAGCAUGGUCAUGUUCAUUUAUAGCUGCAACAAAAAGGCUUCACCAAUAUUUUCCUUGUUUCUGAACAAUAAUAUUUGAAGAGGCCUCUUUAUUUUUCCACGUAAUAUGUAGCAUACAAAUACUGAGAAUUUUCUUGUUGCUGUUCAAUCAGAGCUGUUGCCACGGUGACUCGCCUAGUCAAUCAGUUGCUUUAUCAUAAAUCGUACGAGCCACUGAAUGUAGAAUAUCAUUGCAGCAGGUGUGAGUCUAGUAUGAGAUGAACUGUAUAUGAUACAUGAUGCUAUUCUUUCUGUGAAAGAGGUAAAACAGUAAUAGCUUUUUAUUUUCUGCCUUGACUGUGUAAAUUUCAUCGAUCGUUGCUCAUUUCCUUUACUCACUCCACCUCUUUUUUGACCAGUUCACUGUUAAAUUGGUGUAAUCAAACUCAAUAAAAAAAAAAAAUAUAUAUAUAUA